AUGACUACCCAAUUCCGCGAUACCCAAUUCGGUCACUUAGUACGGCUUGUAUCUGACAACAAGUUAUUUCCAUAUCCAGACGAGAUUGAUCCUUCCCUGUGGAAAAAAUCCGUUCAGCGAUGCGCAACCUCUUCAUCCCCCCGGUCAGGAGAUCAACACGGUGGCUCAGAAAAGCUUCGGAACACCAACAACUCGACCGAUGCCUCCGUGAAGGACUUGGACCCUCGGAAUGAUGAUUUGAAUCGUGCUGUUGAACGUGGCAAGGAUGUUUAUCUGGUGGACUGGUACGGGCCAGAUGACCCAGAGAAUCCCCAGAAUUGGUCGAGCGGCUGGAAGCUGUUGAUCAGUUUCCAGAUCUGCUUCUUCAAUUUCGCCGUGUACAUGGCCAGCUCCAUUUACGUUCCGGGCGAAUCGAGUAUCAUGGACGACUUUGGUGUCAGCGAGACUGUUGCCACACUGGGACUCUCCCUUUUCACGGCGUAA